AAAUUGGACCACUCACGUGGCAGAACGUGUCCAGCAACCUAGAAUAGAGAAUUGUUGACUGGUUUGGGUAUGAAGAAUGAUAGGUCACCUUAAAGUUGGGACUAUUGAGGAAUAAUCCAAAGUUGGAGUUAAUGAAAAUAAAUUGGUGAAAGUUGAGAUUAAAAAACAGUAUUAAUAAAAAAAAAAAAAAUUAAAAUUGAGCAACCGGAGCAGCGGGAAAACGUAACGAAGCCGUGUUAAUGAUAACUGCUAUAUUUAACGGUCAACACAAUCAGUUUUAUUAAAUUUCAGAUAAGGACAACACUCACUAUUAUUUCUUUAAUUUCCAACUUUCAUUUAUUUAUUUUCUCACCAAUCAAAAAUCAAAUCAAAUAAGAUACAAAGACAUACAACUUUAAAAUCUCCCUUCUUUCCCACUUUCUUACCUCCAUAAAUCUCCAUUUUUUCGAUUUAAACCCUUCAAAUACAUACAUUUCUUCAUUCAUUUCUCAAUUAUAUCUGAUCCUUUUCACAAAUUAUUAUAUUUUUUCACAAUUAAUAAUAAUUAUUAUUUGGAGAAAAUUAAGAAAUAAAAUAAAAUAAAAAUGGGGAGUAGUAGUACCCAUCAUAAUUACAAGAUGUUUAUGUGUUUCAAUAGAAAGUUUAAGAUCAAUGAUAUUCAACCACCAUUUGAUCUUGUUGAAGCUUUUACAAUCUACUCUCAAAAAGGGACCCACAUGAAUGCGACGCAACUCCACCGUUUUCUGGUGGAUUUUCAGGCGGAGGAUACGACGGAGGCCGACGCUACUCGUCUUCUCGACGACAUUCUACGACGGCGACGACAUCUUAGCAAGUUUACGCGCCAAGGGUUGACUCUUGAUGAUUUCUUUUUUUUCCUCUUUUCUGAUGAUCUUAAUUCUCCUCUUAAUUCCCAGGUGCAUCAUGACAUGACUGCUCCAAUGCAACAUUACUUCAUAUUCACGGGUCAUAAUUCUUACUUAACGGGGAAUCAACUCAGCAGUGACUGCAGUGAUGUACCAAUAAUUAAGGCAUUGCAGAGAGGAGUCAGAGUGAUUGAACUUGAUAUUUGGCCUAAUUCAGCAAAAGACGAUAUCAAUGUUCUUCAUGGAAGGACCUUUACAACUCCAGUGUCGCUCAUUAAAUGUUUGAAGUCUAUAAAAGAACAUGCUUUUGCAGCAUCUUCAUAUCCCUUGAUAAUAACAUUAGAAGACCACCUUACUCCCGACCUUCAAGCUAAAGUUGCAAAGAUGGUGACUGAAAUAUUUGGGGAGAUGCUGUACUGUCCGGAGUGUCAACACUUAGAACAUUUUCCUUCACCAGAAGAGUUGAAGUUCAGAAUACUUCUUUCAACUAAACCACCAAAAGAAUACCUUGAGGCCAAACAAAGCAAAGAUAAGGGGAACGCCUCACCAGCUUCAUCUGGAGAUGAUACACAACCCAAUAGUACCCAGGGUGAUAGUGAAAGUGAUCAAGAUGAUGAAGACAGUGAUGCUGCGUCUGAUGGUAAAUCUGGUCAGUUGGUUGCACCACAGUACAAGCGUCUGAUUGCUAUUCAUGCGGGUAAACCAAAGAAUGGCUUGAGAGAAGCACUUAGAACUGGUUUAGAUAAAGUUAAACGUCUUAGUUUGAGUGAACAGGCUCUUGAAAGGGCAGCAUUAAAUUAUGGACCUGAUGUUGUGAGGUUCACGCAGAGAAACUUUCUUAGGAUUUAUCCCAAGGGAACACGUAUUAGAUCUUCAAACUAUGAGCCAUUGGUUGGAUGGAUGCAUGGGGCUCAAAUGGUUGCUUUUAAUAUGCAGGGAUAUGGUAAAUCUCUUUGGUUAAUGCAAGGGAUGUUUCGAUCUAAUGGUGGCUGUGGUUUUGUCAAAAAGCCUGAUUUUCUGAUGAAAAAAGGUCCAAAUGGUGAGGUAUUUGAUCCAAAGGCCCCGUUAGAAGUGAAGAAGACCUUGAAGGUUAGGGCAUACUUGGGCGAUGGAUGGCGCUUGGAUUUUAGCAAAACUCACUUCGAUACUUUUUCUCCACCAGAUUUCUAUGUGAAGUUUCGCAUACUAGGAGUUCCAGCAGAUUAUGCCAAACUAAAAACGAAAGUCAUAGAAGAUGAUUGGGCACCUGUGUGGGAUCAGGAGUUCACAUUUCCAUUAACCGUCCCAGAGUUGGCUCUGCUUCAAAUUGAAGUAAGAGAAUAUGACAUGUCAGAGAAGGAUGAUUUCGGAGGGCAAACGUGUUUGCCAAUAUCAGAGUUGAAAACCGGAAUUAGAUCAGUCCGACUUUUUGAUAGGAAGGGAGAGAAACUCCCAUCAGUCAGACUUUUGAUGAGGUUUCAGUUCUCUUAACUUAUACCAUACUCGAGGCUGCAGUAUUCGAGUGUAUAGACUAGGUUACUGUUAUGAUUAGCUUGCACAGCACAAGGUCUUGAAUUGUUUGAGUAUUGGAAUUUGAAAAGGUGAGAAAUAGUAGAUUAUACAAGGGGAAUGCCCAGCUUUAGGGAUGAUUUAUCCUAAGCUAGAUAGAUCCUCAAAGAUGUGGUUUUGAAACAUUUAUCCUAAGCUAGAUAUGUGCUGUGUUGAAGCAAUGUACCACCUAUCAGUGGUAACAAUUUGCGCUAUGUUGUAACUUGAUACAAUAUACUAUUCUAUGAGAUAAUGAAAAGAGAAUCUGAAUCACUGAAUGUUCAUAU